CGAACUCGAUACUAUAGUUACUAUGAGUAACGCGUUACCCAAUGGACCACGGUCGAUUCUAAAUGCACGAUUGGAAAAUAAAUAGGUACUUAAGUUAAAAUCGUAUUAACGAUGAACUUCUGUAAUGAUUUCCGCAAAAAAAUUCAAACAGUUCCGAAAUCAACGUCAAAAAAAAACAUGGUUUCAAAAAAUAAAAACUGAAAAACAAAGGGUGUUCGGUAAAGUAGAUUUGUACCAAAAUUGAAUAAAUAAAUAACAAUUUAAUUUAAAAUUAAAUAUUAAUCAAUGUAUUUCCAUAUUUGAUUCAGAGUAGGUAUGUGUAGAGUAUUUUCUAAUGUCAGGAGUAUCCUUAAACUAUAUUUGUUUUCAAAAUGUAUACAAAUAAUGAAUUAAUUAAUUUUAAUUAUUCCAAUAAAAUGAGUAAAUUACUAAUGUCAACAGGAUGUUAUGCCAAUUAACAAGAGGGCGGAACGAGAGCGACUGUGUAGAAGCAUAGAAGUUGGUAAGUAGCCGUACCAUAGACAAUUAAUUAUACCUGUUUACAUACAAUAGAUCGUGAAAAAAUAAAUUAUUAUUAUUAUUGUUAUUAUUAUUAUUAUUAAUAUUAUUAUUAUUAUUAUUAUUAUUAUUAUUAUUAUUAUUGUUAUUAUUAUUUAUCAUGUACAAGAUGAACUUCCAACUCCCGUAUGGCAUAUUGCCGUGUUAGCGAUCAUACAAUUUUUGUAUGAUAUUUUUCGGCAAAAGUAAUAUUUCUAGGUAUUGGUACUCGAAAUACUACAAAGUACUAAUACAAUCCGCUUUAACCCUUUGCUUAUCUUUAGUGUUCGACAACUAAUCUCUUUGAAAAUAUUUCAUGGAAUAAUCUUAUCAAAUAUUGUUGUCAAAGUUGUUUUAAUAACUAUUAACUUUAACAUCAUCGAUUUUUUUAUCUCUCAGUAGUCAGCAAAAACAUUAAAUAUUGUAAAAUUUUUGUAAAGUCGAAAUACUAUUCAGUGAAUUUAGUUGAAGUUCUUGAGUUCAUUAAACUUUUGGCUUCAUGCAGUAUACGAACGAUUUACGAGUUUUAUUUCAAAGUGUUCUUAUUAAUAUCGUUAGUAGAAAUGUUGUCAAGUAACAAAAAACUGUAUAACAUCGAUAAUAUAACUGCGUUAUACAUCAUAAAUAAACAAAUAUUUUGAAAAACAUUUUGGCUGUAGUAAUUGGAAAAAAAACAAUAUGACUGACGAGUUUAUCAGACAAGGAUUGACAACUUCAGUAGCUCAAAUAUGUUCGAACAUUGGUUGGCAUUCUAUGUCGAAUUCGACCCUACAAAUGAUGACAGAUAUUCUAUAUGAAUAUUUCAAAGAUCUAGCUCAAUCAGUUAAAAAAUUCUCAGAAAUCUGUGAGUUAUUAAAAAUAGAUAGUACCUAACAUUUAUAAUAGGUAUAUAAUCAUUCUGUUGUAUACCUACAUCUAUUAAGGAUAUUUUAUUUUUUAUUUAAAAAUGGACAACAUAAUUCUACCCAUUCAAAUUAAUUUGCUAACCAUAGUCAUUUAUACUGGCAUAGGUACAUUAAACUUAAUUAGGUAUACUAAAUGUUUUAAUUAAUUUUGUAUUUUACAUUUUUGAGAAAUUAUGUUUAAUUUAACUACUUGUGGCUAUAUCAUAGUUAUUAUUUUAUUUUUGUUAGCUGAUACUUUAAAUCCAGAUAUUGAUGAUGUUAACAUGGCAUUUCGAGAUAAAGAUGUGGUCAUACCAGAUUUAGUAAAAUAUUUGAAACAAGUUGGAUCUAUAGAAUUCCCUCAUCGAGUGCCUAAGUUUCCCGUACCAACAAAAUCCAAUUUAAAUAUAAUGAAACCAGGAAGUAGAGAAAUUGUUACCAGGCCCGUUUAUGUGCAUGAAAAUCUUCCAACAAUUUACCCUGAACCAUCUGGUAAGAUUUUUGAACAUCACUAAACCACUUUUUUUUUUUCAAAUUUCUGAUUCUUAAUUAAUACAAUAAAAACAAUAAUAAUAAUAAUAAUAAUAAUAAUAACAAUAAUAAUAAUUAUCAUUAAAAUAAAAAAAUAAUUUUAAAAAUUAAUAAAAUAGUUGUUAUUAUAUAUUAGGUACAGAUGAAAAAACAAUACAAAAUGAUAGAACCUUGAAUCAAAGUCAGAUACCACAUACAAGUACAUCUAUAGAAAUGAGUAACAAUUCAUUACUUGAAGAAUCUCAGGCUAAGGCAAUUGAAAGGUAGAUAUUAUCAAUAAAUAUAAUUGUUAACAUACAAAUUACUAUUUGUUCUUAAUACAACCAUUAAAAUGUCCAGCUAGUUUUACAAAUAUGUGACACAUUAUAAAUAAUUGUUUAGGUAAGAUUUGGGGCGUGGCACAUUCAUUGUUAUAGUCUAUUAUUAAACAAUUUAAAUAAAUAGCGAGUUAAACAGUCACAGGCAAUUACAUGUUAAUACUCAUCUUGCAAAUAUAAAUGUAUUAUUUCUUAAUGAUAUAGUAAUUUAAAGAAUAUAAUAAUAAAACUAUACUAAAUUAAUUUAUGAACAAAUAUAAGAAAAUAUAAUACAAAUAAGCAAAUUAGGUAUCAAAAAAAAUGUAUAAUGUAUAUUUUUAGUAGAUAUAAUAUACUUAGACUAGAUAAAUAAUUUGAAUUUGUUUUAAAAAUUUAAUUAUUUUUAAUCCAAUCAAGUUAUAAACAGUGUGCACAUUUAACAUUGUGACACAACCAUUCUCAUCCAGAAAAUAUUUCUAAAAAUUAGGUGACCAAAUCAGGAAUUGAACUUAAAUUUCACUUAUUAGGUGAUUGCUCUACCACUAUUUCCACUGAACUUAUACCAUUUGGGUUUAGGCAGUUGGUGAAGUAGGUACAGUUGAGGGGAUAAUGUGGAGCGUGCAAUGAGCUAAAUAUUGUAAAAGAUAUAAAAUAGCUAAAAGAUAUAAAGAUAUCUUUUUCUUCUGCUAAUAAUGGCAUAAACCAGAGUGUACAUUUUUUUUUUUUUUAAACCCUUAUUUAGUAUGUAGUACAGUGGUUUUCAAUCUUUUUUUUAUGACCCCUUCUUAAUUUAAAUCUGUACAAAUGGUCACUUACUAUUACUUAUUAUUUUUGUUGUAAACUUAGUACUUUUUUUUGUAUUUAUUCAAUUUUUUGCCAAUCUUGUUUUUAUUUUCUAUCAUUUUAACACCAUGUUAAUGCCACAUGUCAAUGUCAUAUAUUAUAAACUACUGUAAACCCAUAUAAAUGUUAUUAAAAAUAAAAAUACAGAUUUACAUCAUUAAAAAGACAAACAUAGUUUGUACAAUGGGUAGGCCAUUAUUGUAUAUAAGAAGGUAGAAUAUAGAAGGGAAUUUAAUGUAUAUCUGUAUGAAAUGGUUAAUCAUUGCUGAUAAAAAUUGAUUCUGAGAAGAAUUCGGUUACACAUAUUUCAAAAGGCUGUAAUAUUUACGAUUUUCUUCAAAAUGUGAUAUUAAAAUUAUUAUAAAAAAAAAAAACUAUUAAACUAAAUUUUCAAGCAUUUCUGUUUGGUCUAACAAUUUUAUCUGCCAAUUACCUACCAAAUAAAUAUUAUGUAAAAAUCUCGCAAAAUUAAAAUGUCUAUUACUUAAAUAAACUACUAUAAACUUAAAUAGUUUGAAAAUUGUAUCAUGUUUGUAAAGGCAAAUAUAAUUUUUCAGUCCAAAUUUCAAGUACUGAACAUUUUAAACUGAAUUAUAACAAAAUAUAAAAAUUAAAACUAAUACAUCAUUAUUUUUGUACAUUUUCCCCUUUUUCCUACAGUUUUCCCAAUUAUUAUAAAAACUGAUUGGAAUUGAAUAAAUGACCUCCAUAAAAUACCAACUAAAUAAAAUUCACUUUCAGAAAAAUUGAUACACUUGAUAUUUCAAAGAAAGAUUUCUGGUAGAUUUGUGUACAUAGCAGGCAAGGAUCCAUGGGAGAGAGGAUAUCACCCCCUCAUGCAUUUUUUAAAAUUAUUACUAACGAAAAAUACUUAUAAAAAUAUGUUUUACAUAAAAUAGCAACAUUUACUUUGUCUCGUAAUUUCUAAAUAAAUAAUUAGUCAUUUUUAAAUUUCAGGCUUGUUUUAAAUAUUUAUCUGAUUCUUAUUAUUCUGAUUAUCUGAUUGGGUAUUAUUGGAAAUUGUUCAAUCGCUAAUAAUAAAUUAUUAAUAGUCAUAGAAUAUGUUGGGAAGAAGCAAAACACACAUUAUCUUAUCUGUAUUUCAUAUUCCUUUCAUAGAUCAUUAAUUGUAUGAAUUUAUAGAAACAAUAUAAAUAAUUAGCUCCCAAUACAUGUUAAAUAGAAAAAAAGGCAAUUUAAUUUUUGAAAAUCCCCCCUCCCCCUUGGGUGACUUCUGGAUCUGCUACUAGUACAUAGUAUAUAUAUGUAUAAAAGAAAAAUAUCUACUAUGGAUCUAGUAGGUGUAAAUAAAACAAAAAUAUUAUUAAAAAUAAUGGAGAAUAAUAAUAUUGUUUAAAUCAAAAAUAAUGGUACAAAAUUAUAAAACUGCCAUUAGCUGACUAUAUUUAAAUAAUGCUUUAGUGUACUUACUCUAAAAAUUAAGUUAAUUUGUCUAAUUUAUUUAAUCUUAUAUUUACAUACUAUUACUGAUACAAUUUAAAUUCAAUAUAUGGCCCUACUAAUUUAUGGUAAAAUACAUUUUUAUAAAAAAAUUUGUUUUCAAGUCUUGGAUUUUUCAUAAUAAUAUUGGAUUUACUUCCCUCUUUUUUAAUUUACUUACAUGCUAUAAAACUUUGAUUAUUUAUAUGAAUAGGUACAUUGAAGCAAAACAUAUUUCACAGUAUUUAUGAUGUAUUCUAUUAGAGUCUAAUUAACAAAUAUGAAAUCACCAUUGGUUACUGUAAAUAUUUAAAGUUAUUUCAACAUUUUGUUCUGUUUGUUAUAUCUUAUAUUUAUUAAAAUAAUAAUAGAACACUGAAUAAUAUUAUGAAAUAACACAAUGACUUCACGUACCAAUCCCUUAUACAAUUUAAAAACUAAUUAUAAUAUGUUUUUCAUUUUUUCAGACCAUUAGAUGACAACAAAGUAACUCAUAGGCGACUUAGAGAAAUUUCCAGUGUUGUUAUGACAACAUCUGGAUUUCUUUCACCAUCUCGAGAAGGAAAAUUACCAGAAUCAAGAUUAUUGCCAUUUCCUAAUUUUAAAGUAAACUCACUGAAACCUACAUCUUCGGCUUAUCCUAUAAUUCCACCUGAAGUUAAAGGUGAAUCACAUCGCCCCAAGAAGUUGUCUCAAAAACCCAUAAAUAAUGUCAAAGAAAAGGGAAAAAAUAUUAUUGAAAAAAUCAAUACACCACCUAACAUUACUAAACCUAAAAUAGAUAAUCCUAAAAUUAAAAAAUUGGCUAGUAUGAAAGAAACAUCAAAACUUAAAGUGUUGAAAACUGGAGCUAUCCGUGAGUCUAAUCAAGGACCUCGUCUCAAGAAACCUCCAAAGAUCAAAGAUAAAUCAAAAUUAAGUUUACUAAAUACUAUAUUUGAUAAACCUGUUCAAAUGUCUUCACAUUCUAAAUAUUUUCCAAAUGCUAUGUUGAACACUGAAAAACUAACAACAGAACCUGAUAAACAAAAAUUGAAUAUUUUCAAAAAAAUACCCAAGGUAAAAGAAGACAACUUUGGACACCAGAUUUCUAAAUCUACGAAUAGCUUAAAUAUUUCCAGAUAUAGUUCAACUAUUGUCAGUUCAGACCUUUUGGUUAAACCAGAAAUUGUUGAACAAAAAUCAGUUUUACCAAUAUCUACAAAACCAAUUUUACCAGUGUCUACAAAACCGAUUUUACCAGUGCCCACCAAAUUGAUUGAAAAACCAAUUGAACAAAUUAUUGAAGAAAAAAAUGAUGAAUAUGAUAAUUUACAUAAAUGUAAGGAUGAAUUGAAACCAGAAUUGAAUUCCAAUGUACCUAAGAAACGAAAAAAAAAACAAAGCACAAAGGGUGAUAUUAUUCCAAUUAUUGAUGCGACAAAUAAUCAUAAUGAAAACAAAAAAAGUAAAACCAAACAUUCUUCUGAUAGUAUGUAUUCAUCUCCAAUGAAAUUUUCAUUUUUUGGACCACCUGGUAUACUGCCAACUGAACCUAGUUUGUUACCUCCAUCUUUGGCAUCAAAUCCAUUGAUUCCAAAAUAUAUUCCUCCUAUUAAUGUUUUACCGAAAUUGGAAAAAGAAAGUAUCAUACAGCCUUUGAUGUAUUUGCAUUUGCCGGGCGAAGAUGAAAUUGUAAAAUCUGAGUUUGAUGAGUUAUUAUCGCCUAAAAAAAAGAUAUCAACAGAAAUGAUCAAAGUAAAUUUUUAGGUGAAGUUUAUUAAUUAUAAUUUUUUUUAAUAUAAUUUCAUUAUUUAUUUUAGACAAAGAAAGAGCAUAAAAAAAUUAAAAAAAACAAGAUAAAAUCAAAAAAGAAAAAAGAUAAAAAAGAUAAAUCAAAGCAAAAAGACCGUAGUGAAAGAAAAAAAGAAAAAUUAUUAAAAAAAUUGAAAAACAAGGAAAAAGCAAAAUCUGAAGAAUCUAAACAGAGCCCUCCCAAUUUAGAGGUUAAAUAGUGACUUCUUAAAAUCAUUCAGAAAUGAUAGUUUUAAUAAAUUUAAUUAAAUUUAAAACUGUAAUUCUAUUCUAGUUUAUUUAUUUUUAUAUUAAUACCAUUCAGUAAAUUUGGCAAAAUUAAAAAAUAUAUAUAUUUUUUAAGUAUUGGCAUUUAAUUAAUAUAAAUCAGUUAAUAUUUAGAGUUAAUAUAUUUAUUUAAUUUGAAGUUUAUGUUUUUAGGAAGAGAAGCCAUCUGUAAUCGACGAAUCAUUAAUUCCAAAAAUAAAGUUAAAGUUUGCUGGUUCAAAAGCUCAAAGUUCAUCUCCAUCUGUACAGCGUAAAAUGUGAGUAAAUCAAUAAUACAAUAUUUAAGUUGCAGUUUUAUUUAGAUGUGAAAUAUUCCAUAAAGAUACAUAAAUUGACAUUUUUUUUUUAAACUGCUAGGUGUAUAAAUAUGAAAUAAUAUAUAAACAAUAAAUAUAUAUGUACAUGAGCAUGUUUGGGGUUGUACCAACAAUGAGAUAGCCCUGAUCCUUAGCCUAAGUUAUUUAAACUAAAUCAUACAACUUCAAGUGUUCGAGGCUCUUUAUAUCUUGUUAGUUAUUAAGAAGUUUUUUUUAGUAGCUCCAUUGGUGUGCACUUCUAGUCAAUUUGCAUGUUCCUUAGCAAACUUCUUUUUGUUCUGGAUGGAUAAUAUUUUCAGAUCAUGGUGUAUAAUUUCAGUCCUAUUGAACAUACAUGCUGCUACACUUGUAUGAAGAGCGAUAUUUUGACACACAACCCUACAGCUGUAUGCCAUAAGUCCAAAUCAGUUUGAUAAGAACAACAUAAAGGAAAUGUUCAUGUUUGUUUUUGAAGUUUAGUGUUUAACUAGCUAGUACUAUUUUCACAUUUUUUUCUGCUGAAUGUGAUGUUUUCAAUUCAGACGAGUUAAGGUGCAUACCCAAGUUUUUAGCUGAAUCUUGAUGUGAAAUUAUUGUAUGAUCCAGUGAUAUUUGGAUAUUCACAGUUUUUAAUAAAGUAAUAAAGAUUUGAAUUUUCAAACAUCUCCAAUAAAACAUUUUAUCUGCAAGUUAUUAGUUGCGAGUGUACUGAUCCUUACUAGUUGUUAAAAUAAAAUGACAAUCAUCAAAAAUCAUACCAAUUAUUGAGUCCUUGUUAGUUGAGAUAGUGUAGAGCAAGUAAAGUAUAGGUCCUAGGACUACUAUACAGUACUCUAUUCACAGGUAUUGAAAUUUGUCCUGCUUCAACAAUGUCAUUAGUUGGAUUUUGUACUGUCUCAUUAAUGUUACAUGUUUUCAACCUUACUUACAAUUUUUGUUAUUAAACUUCGAUUUACUAAUUUUUGUUAAGACACUUAAGACUUCCAUCCAGAACAGAAACAUUUUUUAAUAUAAUUUUAUUAAAUACAUCAAGUCAAUUAGAAACUGUACUGUGUAUUGUUCUAUAAACAAAACGCAAUUUUAUUUAAAAAUAGGAAGUUAUUGACAUUUAUUUCCAUUAUUAUAAAUGGUCUCAAAAGGAUAAAUCUUCAUCAAAAUAAUAAACGAUUUAUAAUGUUUUUUUAAUUUGUUUAUAGUGUCAUCAAGCCAGUUAUUAAAAACAAAUCUCCCUUAAGUUUUUCUGAUGAACCACCAGUUUUAACUAAAGAAAAAUCGCCAGUGGAGCGUGUAAAAUCUUCAGUUACAAAAUCGAACAAAGAAAAAACGUCUGUUGGAUCAAUAUCAACUGUUUCAUUAACAACACCUAAUGAAGAAAAAACAAAAACCCCAUCAGAAAGUAAACCAAAGUCAAAAAAAAAAUCUACAGUUUCUCCCAGUUCAGUCCCAAAUAUUGGCAAUUCUUCUCCAUCCACUAGUACUGUAACAUCAAGUCAUAAACAUAAAGGAAAACCAAUUAAAAAAUCUAAAAAAACUACAGUUCAAAAGCAUCCUGCUUUCUACUUUGUGAGUAUAUAUAUAUAUGAUAUUUAUAACUGAUUUUUUUUUGGGUUAUUUAUUCAUAUUUAUGAAUACAGUUUUAUUUUAUGGAAUAAUAUAUGAAAUUACUAUAAGGUCUUAAGAUCUAAAUGCCUAUAAAAACUCAGUCACUAUAAUAUUUUAAAAAUUUGAUCAUAUUAAUAAAAAGAUAAUAUAAGUACUCUGUAAACAUUUUAAUUCUGUAAGAUCAUUUUAAACUACAUUACAUUUUCCCAUUUUUCAGAUGUUUCUCAAAUUUCUUCCUAAUUAUUAGGAAAAUUGCAUGGAAAAUAAAAAACAAUCCCAAUGUUCCAACUAUGGCUCUUGUAUUUUUUUGAUAGUAACAAGAUUUCUGGUAGAAAAGUUGUUCACUGACAAAAAAAAAAACCUAUAAUAAAAUAUGAUAAUUAUAUAAAAAGUAAUAUAAUCUAUAUCUACACAUUCUUAAAUCUUGGUGAAAAAAUGAUGUUAUAAUUUAUUUCUGUUCUAAAAAAUUGAAUAUUUUUUAGAACUGAUGAUAACUUAUAUGUAACACAUCCUAUGUAAUGAAAUAAAUUAUAUGUGUUAAAUAAUAAUGAUAACCCCUACUUAUCUUGUGAUCAACUGUACAUUAAGCGAGUUCAAAAUCUAUUUCUUUCUUUUGCAGCUUUCAAUUAAAAAUUGGACAUCCACUACAUGACUACAUCCACAUCUGCUCAAUUCUUGAUUUUCCCUUAUUAGCUUCUUCAUCCAUUAUUGCUGAAGUAUUCAUCUUCUUCCUUCUAAAUAGUACUCUCGAUGUCCUAAUUUAUUGACUUCUGCCUCUUUCCACAGUUCCUUCAAACUCUAUGAGAAGCUAUUUUUGGUUUUUCAAUAUGACCUGUCUUAUCUUUUAAAUACAAUCAAGUAAAUCAACCACUCUACAGAAUUUGUUAUUUUUCUAGGGAGGGGAUAUUGAAUUUAGAAAUUGUGUCAAUUGUUUAACCUGUCCCCAGGCUAAAUUAAUAAAGAUACAUUUCAAUUUAUAAUUUAAUCUGUCUUCUGCUAUACAAUUAUCAUUGAAAUUAAAUAACUAGGUAUACUAUAACUAGGUUCAUAUUAUUAUUCAUUUUUAUAUUAAAUUUUAACCUAAUGACUCAAGAUAUUUAAUUAUAUCAAAUAAAUUAAUAAUUAUUCCAUUUAUUUUUAAUUUGAACGUAGGAUGAAUCUGGUAAUCAAGUUUGGAUAUGUCCCACAUGUGGUAAACAAGAUGAUGGAAGUCCAAUGAUUGGAUGUGAUGGAUGUGAUGCGUGGUACCAUUGGUAGGUUAAAAUCAAUUUUAACAAUCAUUAUAAAAAAUGUAAAACUAUUUUGUUAUUUUUAAAAUAAAUUACAGGGUUUGUGUGGGCAUACAAUGCCCUCCAGAUUGUGCUGUGUGGUACUGUCCAACAUGUCUUUUGAAACGCUCUGAACGUAGUACAGUUUCUAAUGUACCAGUUGAAAAGGCAAAGCGGGGAAGACCAUUAAAAAAAAAAUCAAUUUCGUAAGACCUCCAACCUAAUUUGAUGUAUCUUUUUUUUCAAACUAAAUCGAAUUAAUUUUUUAUUGAACUUAGAGUUUAAAAAUUAAUUUAAAUUUAGAAAAUUUGGUAGGAGGUGUAACCAAGAGUUUUUUUGUUGGUUAUAAAAAUGGAAUAUGAUUUAUAUUGAUUGAUACACUUCAUUUUAUUCUGUUUUAUUUUUUGAAUUUUUUUGUACAAUUUUCUUCGGUUGUUUCUUUACAUAUAAAUAUAUAAUAUUACUUCAAUACUUUAGCUGGUCUGAAGUGAGUAUCCCUUCUUAAAUAUAUAUUUUAUUUAUAGACUAGUUAUAUUAAUGUCAUUAGUGAAUUUUAUUAUUUGGUUGCCAUGGCGAAUCAAUAAGCCAGUCAUAAUAAUGGGUUAUAGUGGAUUUUAUGGUUGGUUCCCAUGAUAAAUCAACAAAGCCUUUGGAAGCCAAAGGCUUUUUUUUAUGUACAAGAUUAAUAAUAUAUUUACUAAAUUUUUAUCAAAUUACCUCAGAACAAAUUGUACCUUGUUGCUUAUAGUCUUGAACAAAGGUAACUCCAUUCCUAGUUUUAAUUCAAAUUAUUUAAAUCAUCACCUAUAAUAUUUUAUUACCAAUAAAAUUUUACUUGUCAG